UUUGUUCGGAAGAACUAACGGAUCAGAGUACAAAAGAGUAAUAGAUCUGCCCUAUUAACCUUUGAUGUUAUUAAUAGCUAGUAUUUCGUAGCAUUCGAUUUAUAUAUAUAGAUAACGGUGCCGGGAAGGAUAUAACCCCUAUUCUGCGUUAACACGUGUCGGAGAGUUUGCAAUUAUUUAUUGAGAACUCUUCGUUGGAGGUUAGCUACAUUGAAUAAAUUAGUCUUCGAAAUUUUAAUUGAUUAAUAAACUAAUUUGGUUAUCGUCAAACGGCGAACUUCCUAUCUUAUUAAUUGGCUAACAUGGCGAGGCGCGAGAGACGGCGUCUGUGCAAAUUUAUAUCGGACUGGACUACGUCAGAUGAGUUUUCUUCUUGGUUAGCUCCGGUGAAAGGUGAAAAACACAAAGCAUAUUGCUUGCUAUGUAAAAAGGAAUUCGCAGUCAGCCACGGUGGAUUGAACGAUGUGAAGGCACAUUACAAAGGGAAAAGACAUAUUUGGCUUCAGCGUCAACAAGAGAAAAUAGCUGCUGGGUUGUCGAAUCAGUGGAAUAGUCCUGAAGAUUCUUGGGUGAAAGGCAUAUUUUAUGAGCAGGUUAAUGCAGAUCAAGAUACCUCUUCUGAUAAAAAUUCAUUGACCUGUAGUGGAAAGAAAGCAAUUGACUGUGACACAUCUCCAACAGUGUGGGAUAUUGGGUUUAGUGCAGAUACAUCUGAUCAAGAAAACUGCGAAUUGUCUGACACCAUGAACAUGCAGCAGAAGAUGCUGCCGCAGCAGUAUUGUCUGAGAUGGAAAUACCAUCACAACAAUCUGCAGGUGAUGUUCAGCCAAUUGCUUGAGAGGGAAAGCUUCUGUGAUGUGACGUUAGCAUGUGAAGGAAAGACAUUGAGGGCACAUAAAGUUGUUUUGUCUGCUUGCAGCACAUAUUUUGACUCAAUUUUUUCCCAGUAUGAAGAGAAAAAUCCAAUUGUUAUAUUAAAAGAUGUUAAAUUUACGGACAUUAAAGCUCUUGUUGAAUUUAUGUACAGAGGGGAAAUUAAUAUUGAUCAUUCUCAUUUGGCCUCCUUGCUAAAAGCAGCUGAAGAUCUCCGCAUUAAGGGCUUGGCAGAGGUAUCAUGGCGGUCUGGGGAAGGGAAUCAAACAGCAGAGGAGGGAGUCAAUUGCACUGAAGGAGCUGCUCGUGUAGAAUCGUCCUCUGUUCCUGAAGUAGAGCAGGAACCUCCAGUGAAGCGGAAGAGGGGGCGUCCUCCCCUGGACAGUACUCCUUCCUCCUUCAGCCCUAAGGUCAUGAGUGUUACUGGAGGUGUGUCUGCAGAGGAAGCCUUUACGCAGGAGGGUGCUGCUGCAUCUGAUGUGGAUGGAGAUAACGAUGUGAAACCGUGGGAGGCGCACGAUAAUGAGAUAGUAUCUCGGGAUUCGGCUUCUGAAAGUCACAAUGCCCAGGGCAUGUAUUCUGAACAGGAGCAGGAGCAGCUGGCAAAACCUGCCGUACCUCCUAUGCACAUGCAGCAAGCUAUUCAACAAGCGGUACCUCCAACACAUAAUGAAGGUGGUACCUGUAUCAGCCAACGCAUUGCUGAGCAGUACCGAGAUGUUGUGAAGCUGAAUGAUUACCUAACUACUGGACGCCGUCAGCAAUUCUGGGAGGAACCUUUCACUCGUCGCAUUAUGGAAGCUAUCAAGAGCAAGGAGCUGGAAAUGAAGGCUGGUGCUGAGCUGCUGGGUGUGUCGUAUGGGACAUUGUAUGGGCGUUACCGUGAUGCCUAUGGCUGCCUGAAACACCCUUACAGAGUACGGGACUUCUGGUCUGAAUCGGGACCUGCUGAUGUGCUGGCAAAGGUGCAGAGAAAGGAGAUCACGUUAUUUCGAGCAGCAGAGAUGUUGAACGUCACCGUUACUACUCUGGCGCACUACCUGUCGACUUUGCAGCCUGGAGGUACUUCCUCAGGUGAUGAAGCCAUUGACGAGUCUCGAGAAGUAGAAGAAUUCUUAGAUGGGAAAAUGCCUUCAACAACACCAAAGAAACUGGCUACGACUGCACUUGAAAAUAAUCCUGAUAUUACAAUCGUCAAACAGGAGCCUAGUACCAAUCAUGAACAAGACGAUGAGGAUGAUGAUGAUGAUGAUAUCAUGUCAUCAUCUUCUGUUGCCACUAACAACAAUGCAGAACACUUGGAUAGUGAUGGAGGCGAAAACGAACAUGCCAAUGGUAUGGAAGAUUUACUGGAUGCAAAAUAAAUCUAACCAGGUGUAAAUUGAUGUAGCUGCAGGUGGAUAUCUGCAGUUGAGGGAAAGCAUGAUGAUACGAUGCAGCCCUGAGUAAGGAGAAAUCUCUUUUUUCUAUAUUAUCCUGUACCAGACUUUAAAAAGUGGUGUUUUCUCAACAUUGGGCAAACUUGCUCAUCUCCACUAUGUAACAACAGACACAACAGCAUCGCUGCUUUGAUGAAGUGUUUGUGAUUUGGACUAAAGAAUACAUCUUUCCAAGAGGAAAAAUGUGGAGAGCUCCUAAUUACACUGGCCAUGUUAUGCAUUGCAGAAGUUGUGCAUUGUGGCUGAUUCAAAGCAUUGGCUGUUGGUGAUCUAUUAAUCUCUAAUGACACUGGGGGAAAAGGAAGAGCUGCUGGGGCCAAUGGCAUUUGUAUAUCUGUGUACACUCAUAAGAACCGUAGCAAAUUUCAGUCCCCUGCCCUUGAACUCGAGGCUCCAAGCAGCUUAUUAGGCCUGCACAGAAGUCUCUUAAGUUGAACCAAAGCAACCUGAGGUGGUAUUUUGCACGCAGUGCCUAGCCCCUUAGGCUCUUUUAUUACUUUCAUAAAACUUUUUUUAUUGUGUUGUCCUCUUUAUUUUUUAAAAUUAUUCUGUGAAGGGUUAUUGAUCUCAAGAGUAUUGUAUUGAGCUCGAGUAAAUAUUACGUUACUCGCAAGUCUUACAUUCAAAUCAUGAGAGAACUCAGUUCAUGAGGCAUAGUAUUAAUCUAUACUUCCCCUCUGGAGCUGUGUAAAUAUUUGGAGCUGAUCUUUUUUUCUAGUUAAUGCCAGCGUUCCUCUUAUCAUCUGUGACUGGCUACUUUGUCGCUGCCUCGAUAUUUUGUUAAAUCUUGGUCAUGGAGUAUAAGGAGUAAAUUAUAACAUUGUACUAUUCAAUUUGUUAAGGUAUAUUUAUGCUUUUAUAUAUAAGAACUAAUCAUAAAAAUUAGAAGAGUAUAAAGAUUUCUAUGAUGGUAGUGAGGGCAUAUUUAGAUUAUUUAUAAGUAUAAAGACUGUACAGGAAGGGGAGAAAGCCAUAGCACUCUGAUGUUGCCAUUGUAUUGAAAGAUCAGAGGCUGAAUUGUCCACUGAUAAUACAUUGCCAAUUGUACAUUCUACCCACAUUCAAUGCACUGGAGUGUCAAUAGUAGUUGGGUGGUGUAGGCUUCUGUGUUCUGACUGCUGCCACUGUAAAUCAGAAUUAAUUAAAAGACAUGAAAAGUGAUAAUUGUCUUAAUGUAGAUGUGAGGAUGUGCUGAUAAAUUAUGCACUGAUUUUUUUUUAUAAGGUGAAUAGAAUGGUGCCAUGCGUGGUGAAAGUAAUUUCAUCAAUGUGACUGGAGCUGCCAUCAAAUUGUAGCUGUUUGUGUUUACUAUACUUUUUGGAAAGUUUUACUCUAAAAAGUGGGCACUUGGCUUUGAGAGAAUGCAUGUUAAAUGCCCAUAGUAUAUUACUUAUUGAUUCCUAAUGUCUGCUGUAAGUUGUUUAAUUUUUUCAUUAAUAUGGUCGCCUAUGAUUUAUUUAGGUUUUUAUACUAAUAAGAAUUUGCAGUAGUAACUAACUUUUUUGUGCACUCUGGACACAAAUGAAUUUUAUUUGCUGACUGGCAUGAAGGAUCAAGGAGCUUUCAAUUUUUAACUUUGAACUUUCUGGUGACAAAUAAUAAUCGUAGAAAUAGUUAUUGGUUUGUUUAUAUAUACAUACUACAGUUGCACUAUAUUUACAUUUGAUUUGUUUGAGGAUGACAUUUCAAUUUUAUCUGUAUGUUAUCAAGAUGAGUGUGUAUGGUUUUUCAAUUAAUGGUUAGAUCACCACAUGUAAUUUUUUUAUAGAUAGUUCGUUUUAUUUUUCAAAAUGACUUGACGUUAAUGACAAAGGUGCACUGUUUCCCAAUCUAUACUACCUCAUGGUAUCUUCUUUCAUCAUUUUAUGAGAAUUACAUAUUUCUCUAAAACUGCCUCAUGUAUAGAACUUUGGUUUUUGUCAUAUCAACCUACAUUUUAUAAAUCUAUUUUUGGAAUUGGAUUGGCAGGCAUCUUGACUACAUGCAUUUCACCAUGAAGAUACUUUGUCUUGUGGUGAAUAGUAUUGUAUGUGAUCUACUGAUAGUGCUCCACUUCUACUUUGGUGCUACUGAAUUAUAGAUUUCUUUGGAGAAUAAUUGAUGUUUUAUGAGAAGCCUACACUCCAUCAGUUAAUGAACCUUUAUAAUAAAUUCUUUGCACUCCUUGCUAGAAAAAAAAAAUUAUAGAUAUGAAAAUUUAACAGUAACAUUACAGUUGUGAAUGUAUAAACUGGUAGUGGUAAAAUGAAAUUCUCUCAGGAGAAAUAAUCGUUGGAUUUAGGGUUUGGAGAUAUGUUUUGUGAAAGGCAGAGGAGUUAGUAAUGAAAUUAUUACUUGCUGCUUAGAGAAUGCUACUCACAAGGAUUUGUUUUAAACUCCUUUCAGAUAGAAAGCAUUUUCUAAGAAGUUCCUCCCAAAUUCAAAGAAUACUGUCGAUUGCGUUUUAAGAAUGUGUUUCUUACAUCAAAAAAGAAAAGGAAAGAAGAGAAAAUAUGAGUCUCUGUAUUGAAUAUAAAUUAAGCUGAGGCAUGAGAUAUGUAAGAGUUGGCAAAAUGUGGCCUCUAGCUGAGAAUCUGCUCUUGUUUUUAGAGCGAGGUACAUCUAGGGCAUUAACCAUUUGACUUCCAGAGUGACUAUAUUUUUGUAGCACGUGUGAAGCUUGUGCUGGUUGUACUGCUGAGGAUGACAAUUAGGUUUGAAAAUGUAUACUGCUUUUGACUUGUGCUGUAGGAUGCAGCCUAGUUUUAGAAGUUGUGUGUUGAAUGUUAAACGAGACAGUCAGAGCUAGAAAACGCUUGAUGAGAGAAUUUCUAUAAAGGCAGCAGGUCACUAUUGAAAUGUGCACUGCAAGGAGUGGUGGUUGGAUCCCAUAGUCGGGGAUGUAGGCACACAUGCCGCAGACUGGUGUGUGUCUCUCUGCAGAUGAUACCAGUACUUCAGUUCCUUUAAACAGUUUGCCUUAGAAAGUGUAUAUACUAUGUACUUCACAAGUGACAAUUUUUGCCUUUCCACUUUCAACUAUAUGUGCAUAUUAUCUGAUGUAGCACAUAGCUGUAACUGUGUGAAUGAAGGAAGCUGUUGUAUCGUUUCUGGUUCUGAUCAGUCUCUGGUAAGAGGUAAUGGCUUUAGAAUGAGUCCAAGUGUAUAGGAUUUCUCAUACUUGUCGCUGCUACUCUUGUUGCUAUUGCUAUUUCUUGAGUUGUAUAUUCAUAUUAUACAAUUACAUUUAAUUUACAAUGAUAAGACUAUAAAAUACCAAAUAUAUUAUUGAAGCAUUAAGUUAUAUUUUGUAUACUGUAUAGGUCGCAUGACAUAUCAUAAGACAAGUAGUAAUUAAGUUUGGGAACAACUGCUAAACAUGUGGGGAAGAGGUUCUUGAUAUUUGGAGUCCAUUUAAAAUGGAAGCCAUUGUUAUUCUGUAUGCAAGUUCCUCUGCUACAUUUUAGAGGCAUGAUGCAAAUGUUGGUAUAUAUAUUGCUGCAAUGAAAUUGCUACAUUUACAUUAAGAGAGAAGGAAUAUUGUUGAAUGCAGUUAAUUUUGUAUUAUUGAAACCAAAUUAAUUUCAUGUUUGAAGUGAAUGAAUGUGUCUUGUAAGGAAUGUUAUAGUUUUGAUCUGCUAUUUAUGGAGUAUUCCUCCAUGUACAUGUUUAUUAUGUUUCAGAAGGACUGAGUGCUUGAUAUAUAAACAUUAUAAUGUAUAAGAAAUAUCGACUAUUGUAUUAGGUGAUAGCUUUGGGGUUUUGGCUAUUGCAUUAUUUUGAUAAAAGUGUAGCCUGCUGGGCCCUGAAAAUGAUGAAAAUAAAUAUUAGUAAACUUGUAUCUUAUUGCAUAUUUUAACCCUUUGUAAAAACUACACAAUAAUAGUUUCACAAUAGUUAAUUUGUUCUGAACAUAUUAUCUUUGUAUGUUUUGUGUGAAGGACAACUGAAAUGAAACUUCUGACAGCAUGUAAAAGAUUGUGCCGAAUGAGUAAAUUCAUGAUAAGUGAAAGGAAUUCUGAUGUUUUUGGAAAAGCGAUUAUUGAAGGCAGCUAAUAAAAAAAGCAUAAACAUAUUUCUCCUCAAAAUGGAUCUAUGAUUUGUGAAUUCUUCUAUUGUAGAAAAAAUUUCACUUGUGAAUAAAAAACAUUAAACUUCCACAAAACAGAUGUAGGAUACAAAGAAAUGUUUAAAUGCAAGACAUUUAAAUGUUAUUACUCUCAGCACCUUAAUUUAUAUAUCACUAAGAAUAAUAUACAUACAUUGAGUGAUUGUAAUGGAAUAACGGCAUUUUGAAUGUAACAAGAGAGAAACAUUGCUUUGCAUACAGAAGAAUUGCAAUAUAAAAUUAAGACGUAAAUAAUUAUUUUGUCAUUAUACAAAAAAUAUUCUUCGGGGAAAGUACUGUAGUCCUACAACAGUUUUCAUAUUGUUUAUAAAAUGAAGCAAAAUUUUCCAUACAAUGCUCUGUAAGGAAAAACAAAUGCACAAUUAUUGAAGUUGUGUGUUAACAUUCAAUCAUGUCAACUAAUGCAAAUUCAUAGUGUAUAUUAAGAUGAAAUAAUAAUAAUAAUAAUAAUAAUAAAACACAUUUAAUUUAUGAAAAAUACCCUUGGUAAAAACUGUAGCUCUCUAAAAUGCAAAG